AUGCGGUCAGGACGUGAAGACAAUUUCGAAGCUCGCUAUGCAAUAAAGAUCAGUGUUAAACUGAUGAAAAAAAGCUCUACAGAAACUUACGAAAUACCAUACUGCUUUUGGAUUAACUUGUAUGUGCCAAGCAUCUGUUUUCACUGGCACAAGAUGUUUAAGGACGGCAGAAAGGAGAUGAGAGCCGACGUGAAGUGUAGAAGAGAGAGGGACGUCAGAACAUCAAAGCUGGUUGACGAAAUGGCAGCUGUACACAGAAUCAUUCAUGAAGAUGUAAACAUGUACAGAAUUUGUGCAAAAUUUAUUCUCAGGGUGCUCAGUGACGAACAGACGGAAAGACGCGUUAAUGACAGUAGGGAGAUGGUUGAGCUCUUUACCUUCAUCCCAAGUGUACUUGAGUCUAUGGUGACCUGUAUCGAAUGCUGGAUCUACCAUUAUGAUCCAAGAACCAAGAAACAGAAUGCUCAAUGGCAACAUCUUGACUCUCCCAAACCCAAGAAGGUCAGGUAA